AUGUUUCUCUCCUCACUCUCUCUGUGCGCUCGUCUGCUGCGGUUAUCAUGGACAAGCAGUCUUCAUAUCAGCAGGUGACAGAGUGAAGUGACAUCAGGAAAGCGUCAUGAGCACAGAAAAAGAGCGCAGCGUCCUGAAUGAUGCUGGCGAGGAGAAGGAGCUGGAGGAGCUGAGGGCUCAGGUGCUGCAGCUCCUGCUUGAGCUGGAAGAAGCUCGAGACACGGCUCAGAAACACGAGGAGAGCUUUCUGGAGCUGCAGGGUCUUCUUGAGGAGGAGCGUUUAGCUAGUGCUCAUCAGGCCGAGGCCUUCACGAGACAGAUCCAGCGUCUGCAAGCACAGCUUCGCUCUGUCCAGGAGGAGAUGGACAGUCUGGAGGAGGAGAAGGAGAGCGAGCUCCUGGAGGCGCAGGAGGAGGUGCGGGCGGCGCAGGAGGAGGUGCUGCUGCAGCAGCAGGCGGCGGAGGAGGCCGCGGCCGAAAGAGAGAACGACAUCGCCAGUCUGCAGGAGGAGCUCUGCCGCUUACGGGCCGAAACCUCACGACUGGAGAACACGGGACAGGAGUACGAGCUGGAGAUUGUCACGCUCCGAGCGGAAAUAGAGAUGAAGAGCCAGAGCCGUCUGCAGCAGAGGAAGGAGGGUGAAGUGGGUCUGUUGAUGGAUGAAUGUAACAAUCUGAAGGAACAAUGUCAUGCGCUGCAAGAUGAAAACACAAGACUGAAUCACAGACUGCAGAUGCUGCAGAAGAGGAGUUCAGGCAGUACCUGCAUCACCGUUCAAGAAGAGCAGGACGAGACAGAAGAGGGAAAACACAUGCAGUGCGGCACAGAGACAGAAACGGCGAGCUCUUAUAUGAGCUCCAACUGCAGGCUGGUGGAUGCUGGGAUCCAGAAGAACAUAUCGUUUGAUGGCAAACCUGUGACCCCCACCAGCUGGACAGGAGGUUUCUCAGAGAUCCUCUCACUGAGAGAUCAGCUCAAGCAAACAGAAGACAAGGCCACACACGAGCAGCGAGAGUGUGACGGACUAAGGAAUGAACUAGAAAAUCUGCGGGAAAUGUAUGAGACCAGUCAGAAGGAGCGAGCCGAGCUGGAGCUGGAGUUACUGCGCUGCAGGGAAGAGCUGGAGAGAGCUGCUGAUGUCAAAGAGGAAUGAUGCUAAUAAAAACAUUGAUUUUCUGCCGGCGGUCUGAACUGCUGUAUAUUGUGGAGAGCAAAAG